AUGCUCCGACAUCUCUACUCUAUCUCGCGCCAUGCACGGGCCGCGCCGCGACUGAAGGCCAUACCUUCAACUCUCCUCCCGGUACCCCUCCACCGCAAGUUCUGCGCGUCUUCCAACUCGUCCAACUCCUCCGACUCCGAUCCACCCUCUUCCUCCUCCGACUUGAUCGUCCCUCCCACCCCCUCGCCGACCUCCAAGUCUUCUGCAGAGUCGGUCGUCAGCCGCCGCCCAGUCAUGGAGCCACAGGACCUUCUCUCCAUCCCCCUCUUCACGCGCCCGCACUUUCCGAAGAUCAUCGCCCCCAUCAUCGUCCACGAUCCGGACGCCUGCAAGGCCUUCAUCUCAUUGCGUGAUACAGGCUUGCGACACGUCGGUCUCUUCCUGCACAAGCAGGCGGGCAUUGAUAUGCUCCCGAACGACCAACAUACUCUUCCAUUCAAUGACCCCGACCAAUUGCAUCGCGUCGGCGUGCUUGCGGAGGUCAUUCGCCUCGCCCCGAGGCAGAAAGGCGUCGAGUUGACCUUCCUAUGCCACCAUCGCAUUCGCUGGAACUCCGUUGUGUCGAAAGACCCGUUGCUUACGCUGGCGACAGAACCUAUCAAGGAACCCCCAGCGGACGUUUCCUCGGAUUUGAUCAAGGCAUAUUCGCUGAGCGUCAUUGAGACGAUGAAGGAAUUGCUUCGGUUAGGCUCGUUUUACAAAGAACAGCUCGAGCUCCUGCUUGAAAGUGUCGAUGUGAAUAACCCCUACCACCUGGCAGACCUCGGCGCUUGUCUUACUACGGCCGACCCUGCGUCUCUUCAAGACGUCUUGGAGCAAACAGAUAUCGCGGAACGCUUGCGCCUAACGCUCGAGCUUUUGAAAAAAGACCUCGAAACCACAAGAGUGUCCCGCCGCAUUCAUAAGCAGAUCGAGGAGAACGUGUCCAAGUCGCAACGACGCUACUUUUUGACAGAGCAAAUGAAACAGAUCAAGCGGGAAUUGGGGAUGGAACGCGACGAAAAGGAGACGUUGCUCACCAAAUUCAAAACGAGACUUGAAGGCAAAGUUGUUCCGGAGAAUGUGUCCAGCGUCGUCAAUGAUGAAAUGGACAAAAUGGGCAGCCUCGAACCCUCAAGCUCGGAAUAUAAUGUCACCCGUAACUAUCUCGAUUGGCUUACUGAAUUGCCGUGGGGAGUGUACAGCAAAGAUUCGCUCGAUAUCGGAAGGGCGGAAGUUGUUCUCGACAAAAUGCACUACGGUUUGAAGGACGUCAAAGAACGCAUUUUAGAGUUCAUCGCUGUCAGCGCACUGCGGGGAAAUGUACAAGGCAAAAUUCUGCUGCUUUCCGGCCCCCCUGGUGUAGGGAAAACAAGCAUCGGAAAGAGCGUUGCGGAAGCACUCAACAGAGAGUUUUACAGGUUUUCCGUUGGGGGUAUGGGUGACGUAGCAGAAAUCAAGGGCCAUCGACGCACUUACGUCGGUGCUAUGCCUGGAAAGUUUGUUCAAGCUCUCAAGAACGCCAAAGCUGCGAAUCCCGUUAUAAUGAUCGAUGAAAUUGACAAAAUGGGAAGAGGGUGGACUGGUGACCCGUCGUCAGCCUUACUAGAAGCUUUAGACCCCGAACAGAACUCUGGCUUUGUGGAUCACUACCUCGACCUUCCCAUUGAUUUGUCGAAAGUGCUCUUUAUCUGUACUGCGAAUGUUUUGGAUACUAUCCCAGCACCUCUUCUGGACAGAAUGCAAUCUAUCCCACUUAGCGGAUAUAUUUUGGAGGAGAAAAUGGCCAUCGCAGAUAAAUACCUUGUUCCCGUUGCCAGGGAAGAAGCUGGCUUGGAAGAAAAGGACGUGACACUCAGUGAAGAUGCUCUUUGUUCACUCGCAAGAGAUUACUGCCGUGAAGCAGGCGUAAGAAACCUCAAGCAGCACAUUGAAAAGAUAUUCCGGAAGGUCGCGCUCAAGCUUGUCAAAACAAGCAAAUCGACUGAUGAGAAGGAGAAAACAGUUUCCGAGAGCGAGGCCAAACCAAUUGACAUCACCGCUGAAAAUCUCGACAAAUACGUUGGCAAGAAGGUGUUCGCUAAAGACCGGCUGUACGAUAAAACUCCGCCGGGGAUUGCUACUGGGCUCGCAUGGACUUCGAUGGGAGGCGCUACCCUAUAUAUUGAAGCCUUGCAAAUCAAAGGCGGUGGAGCCACGACCGUUACAUUGAAACUCACAGGACAACUGGGAGAUGUCAUGAAGGAAAGCGCGGAAAUCGCACUCUCAUAUACACGAAACUACAUCAAGCAGCUCCAUCCUGACAACCAAUUCUUUGAGGAAUGUGCUUUACACAUGCAUGUCCCAGAGGGAGCGACUCCAAAGGAUGGUCCUAGCGCCGGUUGCACCAUGGUCAGCUCUUUGCUUUCAUUGGCAUUGAACAAGCCCAUUCGGCAAAAUGUAGCCAUGACAGGAGAAGUAACUCUAACUGGUCAAGUCCUUCCCGUUGGGGGUAUCAAGGAAAAGGUGAUUGCCGCCAAACGGUCUGGUGUUGAACACGUGAUCCUACCCGAUGGCAAUCGGAAGGACUGGGAUGACCUUCCAUCUCAUGUGGCGAAGGAUAUCACACCUCACUUCGCGUCUCACUACGAUGAAGUUUUUGACAUCUGCUUCAAUGAAAACCCUGGUCUCAGUAGUUCUGGGGAGCAAGCAUUUGAAAGCGUCUCAAUCGGGAGCAAUGAUAUGCAGCGCAAUAUUUCGCGGCCGGUUCCAGCAGCAUCCGCAAUCAUGGCAAACUGA